AUGAAACGACACCACAUUUUGGUUUGUUUAUUAGAAGACUGGCCUUUUCUCUUUGAAGCAAUCCACCUGUUUGAUCACACAACCACCCUUCUUGGCUUCCCAGUACAAACCAGACUGGCAGAGGAAUUGUCAAAGAAAGAAAAGACAAUAAAGGACUUCCUUGGGUCCAGAGGGGUGGAUAUUCCAGGAAGUGAUGCUGUCCAGGUGAUUAGUGGAAUCGCAAAAUUCUUCAAGGAGAAACCAGCCCAACUAUUUUGUCAAAAUGAGCUGCUGCAUCCAGAGAGUCCUGAUCUUGACCUGCCAAGCACCCCAUGCAUCUUUAUAAUGGGUGAACAGCUUUUUAAAGUUGCUGUUGACCAAAUGAUUGUGAAUGACCACAUCAAGUCACCCAUCGCUGCCCUAAGCUACGCCUUCUCCAUGUUUUAUGUCUUGAACAUAAAAUAUCCAAAAGACAUGUCCCUGACACUGGAAUUUAUACAAAGAGUCUUUCUGGGCUUAAACCCCAAACGAGGGUCAAAGGCUGAAAUGAAGGGGAAGAAGCAUCAUCACAUUCCACCUCGACUGCUCAAGUUUGUAAAUGAACUGUAUGACUUUGACAGUCCAUGGAAAAUUUGAUUCUUGUAAAAGGUGAUGCUUCAUAAUGUUCUCUGUUAUGUUGACAGCAGUUCAGAAAAUAGUAGUUGGAUGUUGGUCCUUGUUUACACCUGUGAUUUUAAUCUUGUAAUGCAAAUUGCAAGAUUAAAAUUGUAUUUUUUUAAUGUUAGUGUUGGAUUGUGUUAAUUAAAUUAAACUUAACAAAAUUAUUAAAUUGACUUCAAAGUCUGGACUCAAGAAUGAACUUUACAUUGACCUUAACAACUUUAAAAAUAUGUUUGACUGAAUAUAUAAUUGAGAAUGCAAUUUGUAAUUAUAUUGUAAUGAUGUGUUGAUAUGGUAUUGAAAAACCAUGAACUGCAAAAUAAAAUUUGCAAAUGGA